GGUAUCAGGAUCACGGGAAUAUGCAAAUGAGUUCACCUUGCAGGAACUACUUUCAUAUUCAUACACGACCUAAGCUCCACACACUGAUGCGAUGCCUACUCGCUUAAUAACCAUUGCGAGGUAAGGCUCAGUGGGUUUCAAUGGUGUGUUCAGGAUGGGUCGUGUUUCCUCAUGUGUUAUAGUCAGGGGUGUGUGAUACAAAACUGAUAUCGGGUUGAUUACGAAGCUGAAGACAUUUUGAUAACCCUCAGGAAAAACAUUUGUAUGUUUCACCCACUCCAUUCAGGACUAAUUAACUACUAAUCUCCUCGUAGUAAAUCUGUAUGGACUCUCUGGUGACCGUUUCUGUUUGUAAACUUGUGUUCCUUUACGGUCCUUGUUGAUGACAAUUUAUCUGUGUAUUUGAAUUGCCCAGGGUUCCGUUCUCGCUGCUAAAGAAAGAAGAAGAACCGCACCCAUUCACUGGAGCUGUGAGAAAAGUUUUCUUGUUUAACUCCGCACUGUUAAUAAACCAGAUAAACCAGUUAUGGAUAUUAUGAGAAACGAUUCGUCUCAUCAGCAAGAAAGGAAACCUAAAACUGAAGUUUAGAAGAGGCACCACACUCUUAUAUCGCCAUGGCUGUCCAGCUCAUCGACCACGUGAAGAAGGAGACGGUGCUUCUUAGAAGUGAGCAUUACAAAGCUGGGAGGUUUCUCCAGGUCACAGAUGAUCUGAAGCUAUGUGUCGAAGGUCGAAGAAACGACUCAAGCAACGUGGUGAGUUUCAGUGAAUUUACUGGAAUAUCCGAGGACUCUGUCGACGGUUCCUGUGGUGAUUGCCUUGUGUCCAUUCAGUUUGAGCACCGAGGAAAUAACUACGUCGUGUGUCCCCUGAGGAGGAGACUGACAACGAACACAACCCUGCAGCUUCGGGUUAAGAAGAAGAAGCUUGAGGAAACACUUGAUAGAAAGGCUGAGAAAGUCAACAGGAAGUGUUACAUAUAUUGGUUUAAAGUCCAAUGUUCGGGAAAUAGGACUCUUGUGUAUGAAUCAUUGGCUUAUAAAGAUUUUUACAUUUCCAUAGAAGGGGAAAAUGUGCUUUUGAGGAAGAAUACUCUUGGUAUACCUGAAGAGGGGAAUUUUCAGAUCGAUAUCUCCCCAAAACACAGGUUUACAGCAGCAUUUAGAGAAACGACUGAGGAACGUCUGGAGACAGUCGAUGGAGAAAUGCGCUGUAUGGCGGUCACCAAGGAAGACGAUCAAUUUCGGAAUUCAGGGGAGUAUGUGAUGGGCAAAACAGGUGCUCAUAUAACGGACUUACACGUCACAGAAAUUAGACAUUGUGAACAGCAUAUGGAAAAGUGCGCUGUGAAGAAAUCAACACCAAACGACACCUUUGAAGUAGUGCCACCUGUCCGAGCUAAGCAAUCGUCUGACACGGGAAACAUGUCGUCUGAAUCUUCAGAAAUGUCGUGUGCUGCCAGUGAUAUGUCCUCAUCUGAGGAAUUGCCAUAUAUUGAUAGCGAGUCUGUGUGUGCUGGGGCUGAACCGUCGUCUGUUACGCAUGACAAAGCGCCUUCUGAAGAAGAAACGUCAUUUUCGAUAAAGGCAAUGUCUGCGGGAAGUACGCCAUCGACUGAAGACCAUUCGUCUGGCGUUGGUGAGCUACCAGCUUCAGGGUGUGACCUAUCGUAUGGCCAGACUACACAGGAACAGGUGGUCACAGAAAUAUCCUCUACGUCUGAGGUCGACAUUAGGAUUGAUGAUCAAGACCUUGUCCGUACCAUACACACACAGACACAGACGUCCAUAGCAAAUGUUAUGAUUGAGGAGUUUGGGAAAGAUGGCAACAGUUCAAGUGAGAUUAACAAAUAUUCUGGAAAGAGAUCAGUCAUCAAAGAAAAAAGACGAAACAAAAGGUUUGCUUUGUCAAGAUUAUUUUCUUGUUUGUCGUCUCGCACUGCCGACUGACACUCAAACAGAAUGUGUUAUAUUUGUACAUGUAAAGGGCUGAUGAUAUCACUUGGUCACCAAGCGCAGCCGACAGAGAGAUACACAUAAUGUGUUUUAUUAUAUAGUUCAGUGAAGACUGGAUGGGUACUGGAGUUAUGUUAUAACCCGGACGUCUACACUUAAAUGUAAAGACUUGGGAAAAUACCUGCUUUACAAGAAAAGAAGAUUGUUCUCUCGGUAUGUCUCGGUAUGUGACGAAAAUGUGGGUCCAAGACUUUACCAUAAUAACUUGAAACAUUUACCUGAAAGAAGCUGACAUUUGUGGUGAAAAGAAGAAUAGCCUUUCAGAAACGGAGAUCAGUUGAAUAUUUUGGUUUUUAUAUGUUUGGAAACGAAUAUUGCGAAAUACUCAGCUGCAAUACUCAGUCACGUCAUAACUUUAUUAUUUCACUCUGAAUAACGUCAUUACUCGCUAUGAACCAUGUCUUGUCAUUAUUAUUCAAAUGUAAAUGUUUUUAAUCUGGUGAACAUUGUUACUUCUAUUCUAUGUUAACAACCUUAAUAUAUCCCAUGUAAACUGUAUUAUUCUUUAUUACUCAUCCGUGAAAAGACCACCCGUUUAAUAACAAUACAUCUUUAAGUGUAUAAUAACAUUCGAAUGGAGACAUCAGUUGCACUGUGCAACUAAGUUCUCUGCAACGUCUACUGUACUCCUAGACGCAUAGACGCAUGCUUGUCGUAAGAGGCGACCAACGGGAUCGGGUGGUCAGGCUCGCUGACUUGGUUGAUGCAUGUCAUCGAUCCCGAUUGCGUGGAUCGAUGCUCAUGAUAUCAAUCACUGGAUUGUCUGGUCCAGACUCGAUCAUUUACAGACCGCCAUCAUAUAGCUGGAAUAUUGCUGAGUGCGGCGUUAAACAACAAACAAACAAACAAACAAACAAACAAUCCAACCAACGAUGCAUAGACACGCUACGUAUGUUUCUCACUAUUGUAUCAUUGACAUUUAAUUUGAAUACGUCAGGUCCGUGACUUUUUCUAAAAUUUCGUUUGUCAUAGAGUAUACGUGUUCUCACUAUUUGUAACUGUUGUUGUGCAAGCAUCGUGACAAGAGCCGAUCGUCUCGAGGUGUCUCGGCUUACCUCCACGGAGUCGCCUUCAGAGGGGGGUAGUGGCAGGUGUGUCUAACUUGGUGAUGUGUGUGUAUAUACAAGUUGUUAUGAACACGAUUAUAGAAUCUUAUCGUUGAUAAUCGUUGAUAAUCGUUGAUAAUCGAUCUUGGAGAAAACUGAGCACUGUAUUACCAGUUUGUAUCUUUUACCUAUUAAUUACCUUAUGGCAUUUAUGGCUUACGGUAAUAAAAGUGUGUAUUACUUAGAA